AAUGGCAGUCAGUAUAAAAAGUGAGCCCGUCGAGGGCGGGCGAGGAUUAAAUAAAGAAGCAAUUUGGCAGAGUAUUAUUUCAGUUUUUCUUGUUAGAUACUCGUCUUUACCGCCAGUUCUUGGCAUCACGUAAAUUAAACAAUCAUUAACAGUUGUCUAAGAAAGUUUGCAACAUGCUUUACUACCCAAAAGUGUUAAUAUAGGAACAAAGUAUUGCAGAGUCAUACAAGGAAAGAUCCAGGAGGACAUCUUGAGUAUGAGAUACAGCAAACAUUGCUAAAUUUUGGACUGCUGUCAAAAAUGACCACUAGGCUUGACAGGUUGUUUUUACUUCUGGACACUGGAUCCACCCCACUGAUCAGGAAGUCAGCCGCUGAACAACUGGGAGAGGUCCAAAAACUUCACCCAUAUGAACUUCAGAACCUGCUGUCAAAGGUUCAUGGUUACUUAAAGAGCUCAAGCUGGGAGACUAGGAUAGCAGCAGGACAAGCUGUGGCAGCCAUAGCAAGAAAUGUGCCAAAGUGGAAUAAAAAUAUACCCAUCAAACAAGAGACCAAUGGUAACAUUACAGAGGGAAAUCCAAGCCAGCUUUUAUUCACGCAGUUCAACAUUGGCAAGGUUUUGUCUCAAGGGGCAUCACUCUUAGGGGCAGAGGAAAAGCAGUAUGAAACAGAAAUGCUUAGCAUGAAUGACAAAGACCAGUUGUCAAGACAACGACAGAUACUAAACAAGCGACUUGGUCUAGAUAUGGCUGGCAACUUGGGGAUCGGAGGAGACAUUUUCUCUGAUGAAGACUUGGUAUCCCAAAUAAAGACAGAGAACGGGGACACAUUUUCAGACAAGAGGAGUGUGUCAGACAUCCUUAAGCAGCAGCUUCUUGAUGUGACAGGGGGUAAGAGUGCAAGGGAACAGAGCAGAAUGAAGCGUAAAGCUAAGAUCCUGGCCAAGCAGAGGUCAAAGGACUGUUACAAUGAGCAGAUGUCCCUGGAUACAGAGCCUCCCUGUAAAAAGGCCAAGUCCCACAGUGUGGAUAUGGGAAGUGGUGAAAGCAAGCUUGUCAUGGAGGCCUCUGUAGACAUCGAAGAGGAUGAGGAGUGGUACUUUGAGUCAUUCUGUGAGUUACUAAUGAAUGACCUCUUCAACAGUCGAUGGGAGACACGGCAUGGUGCUGCCACGGGACUUAGAGAGGUCAUACGUAUCCAUGGAGACUCGGCAGGGUUAUCAAUAGAUAUACCUCAAGAUCAGUUGCACACAAUUAACCAGGUUUGGUUGACGGACCUGGCUCUCAGACUGCUGUGUGUGCUGUCAUUGGACCGGUUUGGUGAUUACGUCUCAGAUGAGGUGGUAGCACCUGUGAGGGAGACGAGUGCCCAGACCCUGGGGAUGGUAAUUAAGCACCUGGACAGGUGUGGUGUGGAGGGAAUGGUCAAUGUACUGUUACAACUCUUGGCCCAGGAGCAGUGGGAGGUCAGGCACGGGGGGCUUCUAGGGUUCAAAUACUUGCUAGCUGUCAGACAGGAUAUGACAGACAGGAUCCUUCCCGUAGUGCUGCCCUCUCUUUUCCGUGGACUACAGGAUGUGGACGAUGAUGUCAGAGCUGUCGCUGCCGCAGCUCUGGUUCCUGUCGCACAUGAUCUUGUCCAUCUGCUUCCACAACAGGUGCCUUUAGUCCUGACUUGUUUAUGGGACACGCUGCUAGACCUGGAUGACUUGACAGCCUCCACUAACAGUAUUAUGACACUGCUGUCCACCAUCUUAACAAACCCACAGGCUUCUGUCAAAGAUUGGCUUUCUCAACCUCUUCCUGAACUAGUGCCCAGACUGUGGCCAUUCCUACGACAUUCCAUAGCCUCAGUUCGACAGUCUGCCCUAGAAACCUUCCACACUCUACUUACAAUACCAGAAGACCAACAAACCAUUCAACCAUGGCUACCCUUUAUUCUACAAGAUGCACUCAGGCAUGUCUUCCAGAGAUGCCUGCUGGAAGAAAAAGAAAAUAUAAUUCAGAUUUUAGAGAGAGUGUGGACACAGCUGCUGUUUAAGGCCCCGUUAGAGUACUUGGUGGGGAAUUCUUUGCCCUGGUUAGGAGUCUGGCUCUGUUUGUGUAUGCAGCCAUCCAAGCUUCCAUUUGAUUCUUCAUAUCUUAUUGAAGCCAAGCAUAGAGGAAGGUUACAUUCAGAUGGUGAACAUGGAAAGACAAGACAUUGCAUAGGAACACCACAGAAAACCAUCAGAGAAGAGAAAGACUACAUUGCGGGGACUCUGACACUGAAUGCCAGUGUAGUAGACCGAGACAUGGCAGUGAUGAGGACUCGGAUCAUGGCUACUAAGUUUUUGGGAAUGCUGUGUAGUUACAUAAUCCAAGAAAUUCCUAACUUCCCACCUGAAGGAGAAAAACCAGUUACCUCCCUUUCUAAGCUCUUUCUGUUCCACCUGAACAGCAAAUCAGCUGUCCAGAGGUUUGUCAUUGGUCAAGUUGUCUACAAUCUCGCCUGCUCCAAUAAGGAGAGUAAACUCCCAGAUGAAGUUGUUGCCAAGUUGCUGGAGUGCUUGAGUGAUGCCAUCUACUUUGAUGAGGUGGCAAUCUCCUUCACCCACAUGCAGUCAGAUUGUCGAGAUUUCAUGGCUGGACUCAAGCAAAAUGGGGUGGACUUGGACUCUGUUAUUCCACCAGGGGGCAUCAUCACCCUGGACCAAGCCAGUGUCCUGACCACUACAACUUUUGAUCAAGCUAAGGCCUCACUAAAACCCAAGGCCCAGCAGGUGUUUGAGGAGAGGAGAAAACAACUCAAAGUCAUUGUGGACACCACGAUUCAGGAGCUCCAGACCCUCACUAUCAGAGUUCAGUGCAGUUUAGCCAAGGCUGCUGUAGAAUUAGGUGCCCUUCCUGAAAAACUUAAUCCUGUCAUUCGACCUUUGAUGGAAUGCAUUAAAAAGGAACAAAACCAAGAAAUUCAGCAAGAGGCAGCAGACUGUUUAUGCAGAUUAAUAAAGAAAUGUUUGGAUAAAAACCCCAACCCUAACUCAAAGGUACUGAAGAACCUGUGUACCUUUUUGUGUGUGGAUCCCACCUAUACACCUAGAGUUACUGCACCCAUUCCAAGCUACACAGCUGAUGAAAGUGAAGUAAAAUGUGGUGUCAAGUUAGGAAUAAUAACCCUAACAAAGCAACAGAAAACUCCCAAUGUGGGAAAGAAAUGGUUGAAGCGGGCAGCGAGUGUAAAAAUAGAUGACUCUGACUCUACUCAGGAAAUUAAUGAGACACAAAAGCAGCACCAGGUCCAGAGAAGGGGAGCAACUCUGGCCUUAACAACCAUUACACAGAAAUUUGGAGAUGAACUUCCUGACAGCUUACCAACAUUGUGGGAAAAUAUGGUGGAACCUCUCCAAGGUGUGGGAAAAGAGAAUAUACUAACAGAGGAUAAAGCCCAGGAGCUGGUGAAUUCUCUUCAGGUGUUGGAAACUUUGUGCACAGUCAUGACUCCAAACCUACAAUUACAACUUAGGGAAAGAUUGCCAUUGCUGUUGGAUUGCCUACACAGUCAGUUUGUAGCAGUUCGUCACUUAGCAGCCAGAUGUUUUGGAAUGCUCUGUCAGGUCAUGACACUUGACCUUAUGACCUUUAUCAUUGAAAAAAUAGUUCCACUAAUGGACGUUGCUGAUAAUGUCAUUUAUAGACAAGGAGCAACUGAAGCAUUGGCAUGUGUGAUAGAUGGUCUGGGGAUGGAUCUGAUUCCGUACAUUGUGCUACUGGUGGUCCAGGUUCUCCGCCGGAUGAGUGAUCAGGAUGAGGCGGUCAGGCUGAUGGCUACUGCUUGUUUUGCUUCCUUGAUUAGACUGAUGCCUUUAGAGGCAGGGAUCACAGACCCACCAGAGAUGAGUGAAGCUCUUGUAGCAGAAAAAGAGAAACAGAGGAAGUUUCUAGAACAACUAAUGGAUGGAUCCAAACUGGAGAGCUAUGAUAUUGUGGUCCCUGUGAAAGCAGAGCUCAGAAAGUAUCAACAGGAUGGUGUGAACUGGUUAGCUUUCCUGAAUAAGUAUAAUUUACAUGGGAUCCUGUGUGAUGACAUGGGACUGGGAAAAACUCUACAGUCUAUAUGUAUCAUGGCUUCUGACCAUAAACUUAGAGAUGAAAAAUACAAGGAGACAGAAUCCAUGGAGUUUUCUCCCCUACCCUCCAUUGUUAUAUGUCCUCCCACUCUGAUUGGACACUGGGUGUACGAAGUCAACAAAUUUGUAGAUAUUGCUCAUCUAAAUCCUCUCAUGUAUGCUGGCCCUCCCGGAGAGAGAGCUAGAAUUCAGAAGAAAGUGAAGAAGCAUAAUUUGAUUGUGGCUUCUUAUGAUGUAGUUAGGAAUGAUAUAGAUUUCUUCAGCACAAUAAGCUGGAAUUACUGUAUUCUGGAUGAGGGGCAUGUCAUCAAGAAUGGGAAAACCAAACUCUCUAAAGCAGUCAAACAGUUGGUGUGUAAUCAUCGUUUAAUCCUGUCUGGAACCCCAAUUCAGAACAAUGUCCUUGACCUUUGGUCCCUGUUUGAUUUCCUAUUGCCUGGAUUCUUGGGGACAGAGAAACAGUUUCAAGCCAGGUAUGGCAAGCCAAUUCUACAGAGCAGGGAUGCCAAAAGCACUUCCAAGGAACAAGAAGCAGGUGCAUUGGCCAUGGAAUCUCUUCAUAGACAGGUUCUUCCAUUUAUCCUACGCCGCCUGAAGGAAGAUGUUCUGCAGGAUCUUCCACCUAAGAUUAUUCAGGAUUAUUACUGUGAUCUCAGUCCUCUACAGACUCAACUUUAUGAGGACUUUGCCAAAUCUCGAGCCAAGCAGGGACUUGAAGAUUCAGUGACAAUACUGGAGAGUUCCGACAGUAAGGAAAGAAAGAGUGCUGGAGCUACACAUGUUUUCCAGGCCUUGCAGUAUCUGAGGAAACUCUGCAAUCAUCCUGCACUGGUAUUAACAGCAAGUCAUCCUAAGUAUGAAGAGGUCACAAAACAACUCAAGACCAAUAACUCUUCCUUGCGGGAUUGUCAGCAUGCACCGAAAUUGAAUGCUCUGAAACAACUACUGAUUGACUGUGGUAUUGGUGUUGCCAUGCCUACAAACCCAGGUUCUGGUUCUCAGCUGGAUACAGAUCUACCAGUGGUAAAUCAACAUCGGGUUCUGCUGUUCUGUCAACUCAAGAGUAUGCUCAACAUUGUAGAAGAGGACUUGCUCAAAUCACAGAUGCCCUCAGUGACAUAUUUGAGACUUGAUGGCAGUAUUCCAGCUGGUUCCAGGCAACAAAUUGUUAAUAGGUUCAACAAUGAUCCAUCAAUUGACAUCUUGCUGUUGACUACACAUGUUGGAGGGCUGGGGUUGAAUCUGACUGGGGCUGAUACAGUUAUAUUUGUCGAACAUGAUUGGAAUCCAAUGAAGGACCUUCAGGCAAUGGACAGAGCCCACAGAAUUGGACAGAAGAAAGUUGUCAAUGUGUACAGGUUGAUCACCAGAGGAACACUGGAGGAGAAGAUAAUGGGACUUCAGAAAUUCAAGAUGACAAUAGCCAACACAAUCAUUAGUCAAGAUAAUUCCAGUUUGCAAACCAUGGGUACAGAUCAAUUGUUAGACCUGUUUUCAUUGGAUGAUCAAGCUAAAGGUCAAGUGAUAGCACCCUCUGGGAGCAGUGGUAGUGAUCAGAGCAAAAGGGAAAGCAUUAAGUCUAUCCUGGAGAAUCUUGGAGACUUAUGGGAUGAAAAAGAAUAUGAAAGUGAAUACAAUUUGGAUAACUUUAUCAAGUCACUUAAAAAAUGAAACUUAAGCAAAAAUGUAGAGUGUGCCAAUGAAUGCAUUAUGCAAUAUCAUUAAGUACAAAUGAUGAUAUGUUUACAUGUACAUCGAUCAGUGAAAAUCUUUGCUGGUUAAAUAUACAAGUUUGAAAAAAUUGCUUGAAAAAAAAGCUGAGAGUUUAAGAUUUACUGGCUAUUUUUUCUUCAUUCGUCAUUUAUUUCAACAAGAUUCAGCUGUUAAUACUUAUUCAUGUAAGAAAUACCUAAAUUUUGUUGUAGAAAUAGUUAUAUUAAAAUUUAAUGAGCAUGUUCACUUGUCAAAAUUAUGUUACUUUCAGUUUGUAUCAUAUUUGUAAAUAUAGUUUGUUAAGUGCUUGUUUUCAUUGAGAGCAACCAACUUCUACUGUGAUACCAUACAAUCUUGUACUUACUUAGGAGGUGGAAAUAUCAUAGGGGCACUUGUUUUCAAGUGCAUAAGUUUUCUUUUAUGUAAAAGUAAAUUGUCGUAUAUUUAAAAAAAAAGUUAAAUGGCAUUCAAAACUAUGUUAUGCACCCUUUUUCCCACUUUUAAUAUAAAAAAAGUGGCAUAGUUAUUACUUUCACUGUGUCUUAAUUUUGGGAAAUCUCCCUUUUGAUGGGUUCAUAAAGGAGUGCCGAUUCAGUGUAUUUACUCAGUUUCAUUUGUCCUAUUCAUCAUUGUACAUGAAUCUAGUGCUACAUGUAUAUUCUAGGUGACCAUUAUGAACUCGAUGUGUUAAAAUAAUGCAGCUACUUAAAUUCAUAUGCAUAUAGUUUCAUUUAAAGCUUUUUCAUCAUCAUGAAUUUUUAACCUAUCUUAACCAUUAGCUCAAGUGAGCUUUUUCUGAUCAACAAUUGUCCAGUGUUUGAAUGUAUUUAUGUUUGUAUGUAAGUGCUUUAGAUUUUCAUCUUCUUUUCCAAUUUUCCUGGGCCAAUUUCAACCAAACUUGAGCAAAAAGUAUUUCUGAGUAAAGAGAAUUAAAUUUUGUUCAAUAUAAGCGUCAGAACCCUUUUUGAAGGAAAGAUAAAUAUGUUGGAAAAAAGGUUGGGGUCAUUUAAUAAGUUUCAUCUCAGUUGGGCCAGAGAUAAAUUGUUUGUAAAAGCCUCCUUAAUGAUAGCAAAUUCAAGUGGACUAAGGAGAGAAAGCAAUAAUGGGUCGUAGCACAUCAGAGCCACAAUUGUUCAUACUGACAUGCAAGCAAAUUAUGUAAUGUAGAGUCAGUUUCAGCUCUGUUACACUAAAUAAAUUUUAAUGCAGAAUUGUAAAAAUUCUGCAAAAAAUAGAAGGCCACAAUGGGUGAAGUCGACAUCCAAUAAUACCAAUAAGAGAUAUUUUCUACAUGUACUUAUUCAUUUGUCAUUAAUGCAAUGGUAUCUCAGAAGCAUUGUGGCCUCUUGUUUAAAAGAAAAACCAUUUACUGAAAACUGUAGCAGGAAGAUGUAAAUGAAGUAGUGAACUUAAUGUUCUGUUUAUAUUUAAGCUUUCUUGCUUAAUACUACUUAUUCAUCCAUUCUCAUCUUGUAAAACCAACCCUGUCAUCGAGUCAUUUUUAAUGCAUGUAAAUUUUCCCAGUUAGCUUUCAUUACUGUAGAUUGUUUAAAUGAAAAAUAUACAUGUACCUGUAUAAACUUUCAGAUUGUUAAUAUUUUUAUCAGUGAUCAUUGAAAUCCUGCUAUGAUCUUUGACAUUAUUCUUUAGCUGUUCUUGAUGAAAAAGAUGAUAGGAAUUAACUAAGACUCACUUUUGUGUAGUUAUGUAAACUGCUUACAAGGAAAAAUCUUUAAUUUCCCAAUGUUUUGAUAUUUUGGCAUACAGUAUGUAAUGUUCUGGGAAAUUUUGAGCCAUCUCAAAACUCUCAAAUUUUUGAUCUGGGUCCUUAUUGUUUUUGAACUUGUACUUUGCAAACAUUAAAGUUAUAAGGCUAGUAUAGCUAUUAAGACAAAAACAAAAAUAUUUAAAAGAGGCACAUUUGUGCUUUUUUAUGUGAAUUCCUAAGUUAGUUGAUUCUUAAAUAAGCUAGUACAGUUAGUCUUGCUCUGCGCAAAACGUUUUUAAAUGAGUUUAGGACAUGUUAACAUACCCUUGAAUUUCAUUGAUGUAAGAUUAACUGUACAAUACAUUUGUUAUUCAGUCAUUGGAAGGUAGUGAGAAAUUAGUAUUCUGAAGCAAGAAAGUAACUUCUGAAUUUAGCUGCAUGUAUUCAAGAGGUAUCAUGGUAAAAAAAAAAAAUCAUUGUUUACCGUAUUUAGAAUUUUUAAAAUUGUUGGAUGAUAAGUGUAAUAAAUUUUUAGAUCUUCAGAUUGCUUUUUAUAUAUAAAUUUUGUUUGAUGGAUUGAACACUUCCAAAAUGACCAUUAUACAUUCGUAUAUCUUUUAUCCAUGUGUGAUUUGACUUCAGUGUAUGUAUACAGUAGAAACUUUGCUCAUAUGUGCAUGUGAUUUUUAUUUCUGUGUAAUCAGAAUGAUAAUACAAUAUAUUUUUGAUAUGAUUACAUAUAAACUUUUGGUUUUCCACUUCAUUAACUUGAUAUUAUACUUCUGUUAUUAGUGUUAUGGUAGAUAAAUGGUUUGCUGAAAUUACUUGACACAUUUGAACAGGUCAGGUUUUGUAAAUGAGAUUAUGUCAGUUGUCGAAGACCAAAUUGUUUUAAAUAAAGCUGUUACUGUUU